CACGCCAUCGUGUUUGACAACUUCGUUCUGUCGAAUCUGCCCAAUCGAACCGCCGCCCCCGGGUCUCUAUCGAAGAUUCUUCCUCCUCCAUCCCCGGCGGGUCCCAGUUGGCAUCAUGGCUACCUCAUCAGACCUCCACCGCCAUCGCCGAGAGUCCCAUGUCCUUGCACCAAUGCUACGAUGCGCAGAUCAAGCCUCACCAGCGUCCUCGGCAUCGCAGAAAGCUAGCCGCCUUCGCUCUUCCUUCUUGUUCCUCAGGCUUGUCUGAAACUCUCUGUUUCUUAUUCUCUCCCUCUCUGUCCCAAUAAACCGAUCGACAGACUGUGCGCUGCGUUGUUCAGCGACCCAUACCAGCUCGUAGUUGAACGUACCACUCGGGCCGUCACUCCUCUCAACCGCAUCACCAACAAGCGGCACAUGCAAUCGAUUUCCGACGUGGAUGAAAGAGUGACCUUUUAUUGCACCUGUGUCAAACGGGUUGUUCGCUAUCGCAAGUGGCGCUGAGCUGAAAUCAGUCGUUGCGUUGCAAACAUACGCCAACACCCUGCUCUACAAAUACAAGGAUUCCCACUGGUCUCGAGCGAAGGACUGAACACAAAAGAGAACUCGGAAAUAUCACUCACUCCACGAACAUGGCCAACAAAGAAGUAAACCUAGGCCCCAUUGAUGACGGCGAAUUGCGCAGACACAGCGUUGGCACAGUUGAGAUUCAAGAUGCUCAAGGUCGGCGCAGGACGGUUCAGUUGGACGAGCUGAAUGCGGCCGACAGAGCUCUUGCCGAGCAGUUCGGAUACAAGCCGGUCUUCAAGCGCGAGUUCGGCUACCUCUCCACCUUCUCCUUCGCCGUCAGUAUUUCCGGCCUCUUCGCGACCACUGCUACCACGUUCAUCUAUCCGCUCGAAGCUGGUGGCUCCGCCUCGGUCGUGUGGUGCUGGCUGAUCUCAGGUGCUGGAUGUUUGUGCAUUGCCUUUUCCGUCGCCGAGCUGGUCUCCGCCUAUCCAACCUGUGGUGGCUUAUACUACACGGUUUCUCGACUAGCCCCGAAGGAAUGGGUCCCCUCCAUCAGUUGGGUCGUCGGAUGGAUCAAUCUCCUGGGACAGGUCGCCGGUGUUGCCUCGUCUGAGUACGGCUCGGCUCAACUUCUCCUAGCCGCAGUGUCUAUCGGUCGCGACUUUCAAUGGUUUCCCACCACCAACCAGACGGUCGGAGUCAUGGCCGCGUUAACGGUGCUCUGUGGGCUGGUCAACUCUCUUUCGACCUACUGGAUGGAGAAAAUGACCAAGACCUACGUCAUUUACCACUUUGGGGUCCUGAUUGCUUGUGCGGUUGCCCUCCUCGCGGUGACCGACAACAAGCACGAUGCAAGCUACGUUUUCACCCAUGUGGAGGGAAGCGCCGGCUGGACCCCUAUCGGAUGGUCCUUCUUGUUUGGUUUCUUGUCAGUCUCGUGGACCAUGACGGAUUAUGAUGCCACGGCCCACAUUACUGAGGAAAUCAGCGAGCCCGAGAUCAAAGCCCCGUGGGCUAUUUCCCUUGCCAUGAUCUGCACCUACGUUCUCGGAUGGCUUUUCAACAUCGUGCUCUGCUUCUGCAUGGGAGAUGCCGCCGAAAUCCUCGCCUCUCCGAUCUAUCAGCCCGUUGCUCAAAUCUUCUACAAUUCCUUGGGCAAGGGCGCCAGCAUUUUCUUCACGGUUUCGGCCUUUCUCAUUCUGCAAUUCGUCUGCUGGACGGCAACGCAGGCGUUGGCACGGACUGUGUUUGCUUUCUCUCGCGAUCGCCUGAUUCCCUUCUCCAAGGUCUGGACCAUCAUCAAUCGAUGGACCGGGACUCCACUUUACGCGGUGUGGAUCAGCAUCUUCUGGUGCAUUGCCAUCAACUUGAUCGCUCUGGGCUCGUACAUUGCGAUUGCGGGCGUAUUUAACGUGUGCGCCAUCGCUCUCGAUUGGUCGUACGUCAUUCCCAUUUUCUGCAAGCUCGUCUUCAACAAGUUCGAGCCUGGGCCGUGGCAUCUGGGUAAAUUCUCCUUCUUUGUGAACUUGUGGGCAUGUACAUGGACACUGUUUGUCUCCAUCAUCUUCCUCAUGCCCACGAUCCGACCGGUCACGGCAGACAACAUGAACUACGCCAUCGUCUUCUUGGCCUUCAUCCUGUUGUGUGCCAUGGUGUACUGGUACCUCCGCGGCAAGAGGUUCUACCACGGUCCUAUUAUUGAGGCGGAGAUUCAGGACACGGAAGUGGACAGCUCCAGCUCCGCGAUUGAGCAGGACGAAAAGAAGGGCGACCUUCGUGAUCGAACUGCGACUGCUGAUGUGGCCUGAUUCAAGGGCUUGUGAGGGUUGAUAGGGGAAAAGUUGCAGCCUGGGUACUCUGUCUCGCUUGUAUGGAAAUGGUCUUGGACAAUGCGGGCUGGCUGGGACGAGGCUUGUGCAGUCGGAUGGGUAUUGGUAAUUUGUUUCCCAUCUAUUCAGCUGCCCCAGCAGCAUAUAUCCUUGUUUUCUUUAGUUAUGCAUACCUACGUACGGCAAUGAUACCCUGAAAAUUCCGAA